AACAACCAUCUUACCUCAAUUUCUCAUCUUUUGAAUUUGCACCUUAUCUACUACUUGCUACCAUCGUUCACUAGCACGCUAUAUUUGUGGCGAUCUUGAUUUCGUCGUGCAGCUUUCCUUCCUUUUAUUUCCACCGUUUCUUCCUACUUCCAACAUGGAUUCUGAAUGGCAGGACUUCUUGCAUUGGUCGCUCAAAGGAUCCCAUGUCCUGUUCUCUGGGAUAUAUCUCGACUCGCUCGUGAAAUUUUUGAUGGGUUCGGUUUUGACUAUCGUUGUGUGCUUCGCAGAGAGGAAUAUACGUUGGAGGCAUGCGUUUUGGAAGGCGCUGUUGUAUGGAAUUGCGACACUUCUUCGCCUAGCAUAUAUGUUGAUUGCCAUGUCGUUCCAUGUUGGACUGAUACUGGUGCUGGUUGGCACACUUUCCAUUGCGCAAUUCUUCAUCGAGUACCAAAAUAUCCCUAAGCAUUUAUCGCAGGAGAAAGACUCCUACUCGCUGGUGGAAGAGCCUUUGCUGUACAACGACGCCCACGUUUCCUCCACGCCCACCCAUUCACGGCCUCGUUCAAAAUCUAAACCCGACCAUAUCUUCAUCCAUCCCACCCAAUCUAAUCUCGCACGAGCGGAUGCCGCUGCUUUCGAAAUGGGCAUAGGCGGCAACACAGAAAGGAUGAGGGGAAACAUGUAUACCGAAGAGGCCACCACUUGGGAGAUGGGUAAAGGCAGGGAAGGUGCUAGAGCACUGAUGGGACAGCCUCGAGUUCGAGGAGAGCCCCAACGCCAGUCUUCCUUUCAUGUUGGCUCACUAUCAGACUCGGAAUCUGGCACUUCCUAACCAUUUCUUCCUGUAUCUGUUCUCGUUUGUCGUGUCAGUUCGUGUAUUCCAUGCU